AUGAUUAUUUCACUCAUCACAUCAGCUCGACAUUUCCGCCCCAUUCUCAGCCCAGCCUCCCAAGCGCUCCGCCAUGUAGCAUCCCUGUCACAAGCCAUCUUCGGACUGCGGCGCGGUGAAUGUGAAAUUCCACUCGCGCUCUAA